GCAAGAUCUUUAUUACAACAUCCUUAUAAAUAUAAAGAAAUUCUUGUAUGAUUAUCCCGGGUCACACAUACACAGCUUUUGCCUUUUCCUCUGAUACAUGAAAAGGGAGCUCAUGUGAAGCCAAUGUUCACAAGCAAUGAAUUCUGUCACCUUCCCACCACAGGAAGACUCUUCUAAGGCACCUUCAUCCCCUGGUUGUGCAGGAUUCCCCAGUAGCUGGUUCCAAAGCUGUACGUUGUCCAUUGUUAGAAUUUUCUUCCUUCACGCCAAAAAUCUACUCCCUUGGACCUGGGUACUAUGUUCUGGACUGAGAUUUCAUACAUACCUACCACAUGAUACAUUUAGAAAAUUGUACUGGCAACUCAGUCUUCAUUACAACCUGAGAAGAAUUGUUAUCCCACACUGCAAGUUUAAAAAUCUCUGAUGAAAUCAUUUUUGUUACUUUGCACCUAAAAUCAUCUGGAUCCAACUCUUAUGAUCCUAUUUAUAGCCUUUAUCUCAUUUACUGUAAAUAUUCAUAUAUUUAACUGAAAAUAUGUUGAUGUAUUUGAUUACUGGGCACUGCCCUGAAUCCCACUGGGGUAUUCCUUACUAUGUUUUAUAUUUAUAUAUAUAUAAUUAUACUCCCUUUCUAUAACUUGAAAAUUUAAUUCCAAAAUAUAUAUGCCUCCAAAAGUUUCAAAGAAAGUAUUAAGGACUUGCUUGAUUAUUCCUGUAGCCUGAGAGAAGUGAAGAGACUUGUUAGGGCUUUUAUCCUUCUGAAGCCUUUACUAUUUUACACUUUGCUAUAUUACCCAGGAAGUUUGUGCAGAAAACCUCAUGUUCUCUGGAUAAACAGCUGCAUUUGUUUAUUCCUUUUAUGCUCUCCAAGUUACCCUCAGAUUCCUGCAGAUGAUCUGUGCCUCUUUCUCUUUUUUUUUUUUUUUUCAGGUACUGGGAAUCGAACUGAACUAAAUCCCCAGCCCCCCUGUGCCUCUUUCUCAAAGAGAAACCAGAAUGUGCCACGGUGGAAACAAAUUCAAGCAGCAGGACGUGGCCCAAAUCGCCCACCCCUUAGACGCACCAACUGCAUCAGGACUCUGCUGUCAUCUGUUUUCCUUCAGUAACUUUCAGUCGCAAAAUCUAAGAGCCUAAAGGCAGACUUCUUAAUGUCAAGGAAGAGCAGUAUGGAACUUAGGGAGCCUAGAAAUCAUGGCAAUCAGAAAGCAAUUAAAAAAAAAAAUAGAAGGUAUAGGAUUCUUGCUGAGGAGUUCAUCAUUACCCAGUUGCCUCUCUGAACCCAUCUCUGUGAACAAAAAUCCCAAAGGAUUUUCUGUCUAAUGUGACUAACAGUGCACCGUCCCUGCAUCUACCUCAUUUACCUCUUCUCACUCUGGGUUCCCUUCAGCAUCUACAUGUCCCUACUGACCGCUCCCUCUUACUGCCUGUGGGCCUCUGUAUCUCUACCUCCUUGCACUGUCACUUUUAUCCCAUGUCGAUGUCUUUUGUCCUUGUAUCUGUCUCUCUUGCACUUUACUUUUGUCUUCCUCAUGCAGAACUCCUUUCUGGAGGGAAGAGGUGCCAACUAUAUCGCACUAAGUAACUUCUGCUUGUGAACCCAAAUGAAAAACAUGCUAAAGGGGCACUAAAAGGAGGAACUAGGUUUCACUUGUCAUGAGAAACUUGAGGUUUCUGAUGUGGUUUGUGGUGGCUUCUCUCUCAUCCUGUGCACUUCCUUUUUUUCAGGCACCCCCUACUCUCCAUCCAGCAUGCACCUUUCCCACCACUACUUAAGCAGAAGGAAAACGAUUUCUCCUUUACCAAAAGGAACUACUGUUCAAUGGUUAAAGCUGGAAUCAAAAUUAGGUUUGACUCUCACUCUAUUAACUCUCUACAGCUUGGGCUAAUUAUGUAACUUCUCUGAGUUUUUUCUUCACUUGUAAAAUAAAUCAUAAUAAUACCUACAUCAAGGGGUUCCUAAAAGGAUUGGCUAAAAUAAUGCAUCCAGUAUAUGGCACAGACCCUACCACAGAAGAGCUCAACAAAUACUUGAUAUUAAUCCUUCCUGGAAAACAGGACCAACUGACAUUUGGCACUCAGAAGACCUUGCCCUCCCCAGAGGCCAGUUGCAUCUCCUUUAGGAAAUUUUUCUUGACAUCACUCUCUCUGCAGAACUGCUGCUCUAUCACCCUGCACUCACGCCAUGUCAGGCAGUUCAGAUGACAGCCGAUUUUGUGGGAUAGCAGUACAUUCUGCACCGAGCCAGGGAAGCUCCCUACACACAAGAGCUCUUCCUGGGCACAAAGGAGGCUCUCUGAGGGCUGAGAGGACUCUCUGGACAGACAGAGUGGGUGAGGAACUCUUAGAAAGGCUCUCUACGUCAACCCAAAAAACCACAAGACUGAAAUUUCUGGACAAAACACAAGGGGAUAUAACAGGAGCUGAAGUAAGACAGAAACUACUAGACAAAAAUCAGCCUAGGACAAGGAAUUGAGCAGGAACAAAGUUUUUCUCAAUUUUACCUCAGUAAUUCUGGUUUCCUGAAAAUUCUCUUCAGUUACUAAGGCAACAUUAUCUCAAUUAGAUUUUUACCCUCCACAGUGUCACUGCUCAGCAUGGUGCCCUCCCACACACACACCUGCUUUCCACUGUGCUUAUAACCCACCUAUUAAUAAUGGGUUCAACCUAAACUACACAGCAAAAUCACCUAAGGAGCUUUUAAAAGUUGUGAUGCCCAGGCACAUCCCAGAACAAUGAAAUCAGAAUCCUUGGAAGCAGCAGACAGACAUAAGUGAUUUUUAAAGCUCCCAAGUAAUUCCCAGGUGCAGCCAAGGUAAAGAACUACUACUGAGUUCUCCAUACAGGUCCUGUUCUAUACUUCCAUCUCCUUUAGGGUCCCGAUUCAACCUCGCAAAGAAUUGGUUUACUGAUUGGGUUAGAACUGAGGCUAACUGGACAGUAAACUGCUUCAGGGAGGCUACCAGAAGACACCUACUCCUUCCCUAAGGAACACAAGCAAAGAAUCACACACACACACACACACACACAUACACACACACACACUGCCACCUAACAGAUGCCGCAUUUUCUUCUCCUAAAGCAGGUGACUCAAGAGUAUGAACCACAGGCUGUAAUGUAAUGACGUUAGAAAAGUUACUGUCCUCACCCUACCCAGGACAUCACCUGGCAGGACCUCUAUGACCUCACGCUUGCAAUAGGUCAGAGCCCGAAGCAUAAGGCCUCACCUAACAGGACAGCCUGGGAUUCCUGCAACAGCCACUGCUCUGUCCACCAUGUUGGUCAGUACCCCCCACCUGCUAACACUGGAUGAAGCUGAUGCCACUUGGACCCUCAUCAAGGAUAAGGUUAUCGAGAAACGCUUUGGAUCCAAUGUAGUGGCGGUACCUUUCUUGUCAGAUGCAGCCUUCUAUGAUCUACUGGGUGUGCUAGUGAAACAGUCCCGGCCAGCCCAUGCCCGCCUGGUUUUGCCAGGUCGGCAGGGCCGAAGGGCACUGGAACCAGUGGGACUACUAACAAAUCUCCUAGAACAAGCAGGACCCGAGGGUGCCUUUGCCCACUGCACUCGGGAAUACUCACCAAAUGGCCGAACAGAGAUAACCUAUGAAGAGAUGCGACUGCUGGACGGGCAGCCCUGCCGGAUCCGCCUACAUGCAGGUGGCCUGCGCAAGAAGGUUGCUUUCCUGUUGCUGCCACCAGGGCAGGUGAGCCUACAGCAGAAUCUCCCCUGGCUCCGAAGCACCCACAGCAUCUAUGUCAUCUACCAGGUCUUCUCUUGCUCCUGGCUGCAGCUGGAGCUGCUGCCUACAGCCAGUGAGCCCCAGCUACUCCGGAUACAGCGGUCAUUGCCUGUUGCCUUCUCCUGCCUCAAGUUUUCACUGCAGCCCAAGGGUGUUCUGGGACCACAGAAACCUCUGACCAAAGACCCACUACCCCACAGGGCCAAAUGGAUCAGACCCAACCUUAGCAUCACACUGACUCUGGCCCCAUCAGCACCUGCUGAUACCCCCGAAGCUGCUGAUGGGUCCCCAUCUGUCCCAGCCCCACCUACACCACCUCCCCAAGAAGGGCCAGAAGGCAGACCCACCAGAUUCUCCUACAAGGGCCGAAACCUAUUCUGGAGAGGUCCUCAGAUGCUGUCAGGGUCUGUCCUCAGAGUUCGACAGCGACGAAUGAAGUUGACACGCGAGAUGGAGGGGGCAAGGCCCCCAAGAUCUGGCAAAGGGAUACUGGUCCCCAAUAAACAUCAGCUGCUGUUCCCCAAGCCAUUCUGGACCCUCGCUGUUUCCUCCUUCUGUGGUCCAGAGGCAGGGGAAGAGUUCCCACUUCUUUCCCUUGGCUUCAAGUUCUCUCACCCUCUAAGAGCAAAAGAUAGCUUGAAACCCUGGCAUCAAUGUCCUCACCAGAAGAAUACUCCUGAUAACCUUCCCAGCUAUGUGCAACCAUUUUGGGGGCCCAGCCCCACAGAUAAAGGGUGGGAAAAAAGAAUGAGCACAGAAUAGAGAUUU